CCUCCCUUGCUGGGUUAAAGUUGCCGCCUACUCCCUCGGAAUUAAAAGGGCCCGCUCCCUUCCCCAAGUUGGUUUGAAGGCGAGGGGUGUUGGUUGUGGACUGCACCUUGUCAUGGGACCUGUGCGGUUGGGAAUGUUGCUUUCCUUUUUGACUGUGUACGUCCCAGCUUCGCCUGGGACGCCGAAGGAAGACGAUGACACAGAACGCUUGCCCAGCAAAUGCGAAGUGUGUAAGCUGCUGAGCCUGGAGCUACAGGAAGUGCUGAGACGUACUAGCCGAUCUGGAGAGGUGCUGGAACUGGGGCAGGUGCUGGACACAGGCAAGAGGAAGAGAAAUGUCCCUUACAGCAUUUCAGAGACAAGGCUAGAAGAGGCCCUGGAGAAUGUAUGUGAGCAGAUCCUGGAUUAUAGUGUUCAUGCUGAACGCAAGGGCUCACUGAGAUAUGCCAAGGGGCAGAGUGAGACCAUGGCAACACUGAAAGGCCUGGUGCAGAAGGGGGUGAAGGUGGAUCUGGGGAUCCCUCUGGAACUGUGGGACGAGCCCAGUGUGGAGGUCACUUUCCUCAAGAAGCAGUGUGAAACAAUGCUGGAGGAGUUUGAAGACGUCGUGGGAGACUGGUACUUCCACCAUCAGGAGCAGCCCCUACAGCGUUUUCUCUGUGAAGGUCAUGUGCUCCCAGCUGCUGAAACUGCAUGUCUACAGGAAACUUGGACUGGAAAUGAGAAGAUCACAGAUGGGCAAGAAAAGACAGGAGGGGAGAAGGAGCAAGAUCAAGAGGAGGAAGAGAAGGAAAAGGAAGAAGAGAUGACUAACAUACCAGGCCACCCCAAGCAUGACCCAGAGGAUCUUUGACCCUUGCUUUUGAGUAUCCACAAAAAACAGGGGUCAUAAAGAACACUCUGAAGUCUGA